UCCACAAUCUCCUCCCUUGCUCGCUCGCAUCCUCGGAAUAAUCCACAUCUAGGGCAAGCUGGCUGAGAGGCGAUCACAGCUCAGCUCCUCUCUGCAGCCCGGGAGAAGACGAGGCGGCACUAACCGUUUCCAACGGAGGAGGAAAAAAGACCAGCGAAUUUUGGAGCGCACCGCAACAUCCGGCGUGUCAGAGAGUGAGAUUUUUCCAUCCCAGGACACCCUUUAUUUAUACAUAUUGUUUAUAUAUCUAUAUAUAUUUGUACACACACUUAUAGAUAUUUCUAUAUAGAUUCAAUUAUCCUUGUACAUAUCCGUAUUUGUGCUCGUCUGUUUAUAUUCAUAUUUUUAUAUGUGCGUGUGUGUGUGUAAAUAUAUAUAGUAUAUAAGCAAAACAUAUAUAUCCAUAUAUAUAAAUAUAUAUCUAUAUAUAUGAAUUUAUAUGCGCAUCACUGUGAACCGAGAGGAUUCUCAUUGGAUCAGGGCUGGUCUCUGGUUGUGAUCGUAUAGAAUAUUUUCAAUAUUUGAGCUUCUACGUCAAGAGGACAAAAGACGCCGUGCCCAUUUUGUAUUUUUCUUUUGCCGUCGCCGCAUCCUGUCGGCCUCCAUUUUUUUCAUCCGAGAAGCCCAGAGCAACCGGAUUCGACAAAAGAAAAGAAAAAAACCCUUCAAAUUCCUGUGAUUAGUGCGCUUUUCCGCUGGCAUCCGCACUCCGUCGAGCCCAUCGCGGCGCCGUGUGACAUCAGCCCAGCGUCCGCCCAGCCAGCAUGCACAAACACCACCACUGCUGCAAGUGCCCAGAAUGUUAUGAGGUGACCCGCAUGGCGGCCCUGCGCAGGAUGGAUGCGCCGGCCUACGGGGGAGACUGGCAGGCCGAGCCCUACGGAUAUCCGCCCGGGUACGGGGGAGGCCAAACUUUACCCGCUCCGGCCUCGGGGGGAGGAGGCAACAUGGGUGGAGGAGGAGGAGGUGGCGGUGGAGGAGGAGGGGGCACCUUAGGGAGAAGUAAGGGCAAGAUGAUGUCUGGCGGUGGGCCCGGAGGCCCUAAUCCAAAGGGCCAAUCCAAAGGGGGGCCCAAAGUCAAUGGCAACAACUCAAGUGGGCAAGGAGGAUGGUGGCCCGAGUGCACCUGCACCAAUCGGGAGUGGUAUGACCAGGCCAACCCUCCCCCCAUCAUUGUCAACGCAGACUCACUAGAUGCAGGCCCUUAUGUGAACGGCAGUGAUGGCAUGUACAAGUAUGAGGAGAUCAUUUUGGAGAGGGGGAACUCCGGUUUGGGUUUUAGCAUCGCGGGAGGCAUCGAUAAUCCGCACAUUCCUGACGAUUCGGGGAUUUUCAUCACCAAGAUUAUUCCUGGAGGAGCAGCUGCCAUGGACGGAAGGCUCGGGGUUAACGACUGCGUGUUGCGCGUGAAUGACGUGGACGUGUCGGAGGUUGUCCACAGCAGGGCGGUGGAGGCCCUGAAAGAGGCGGGGCCCGUGGUGCGCCUUCUUGUGAGGCGGAGGCAGGCUCCGCCCGAAACCAUCUUGGAGGUCAACCUGCUGAAAGGUCCCAAAGGACUUGGAUUCAGCAUCGCCGGAGGGAUCGGCAAUCAACACAUCCCAGGCGACAACAGCAUCUACAUUACUAAGAUCAUCGAAGGGGGAGCCGCCCAGAAAGAUGGACGGCUACAGACGGGGGACCGCCUGCUCGCUGUGAACAACAUUGUGCUUCAGGACGUGCGGCACGAAGAGGCAGUGGCAGCUCUAAAGAACACGUCCGAUAUGGUUUACCUCAAGGUGGCCAAGCCUGGACCUGUGCACCUCAACGACAUGUACGCUCCGCCAGACUAUUCCAGCAGCCUGGCCCUCCCUCCAGCCUUCCCCACCAUGGUAGACAACCACGUGAGCCACAACUACAUGGGUGCCAUGGAGCCCAAGCCACCCUACCCGCCGCCCCAGGUCACCCCGUCAAGGUACUCGCCAGUUCCCCGCCACAUGCUGGGAGAGGAAGACUUCACCAGCCGGGCUGAGCCAAUUUACAGUGUCAUCCACAAACCUGGGGACGGCAAGGUGCCCCCUCAGGCUCUCUUCAGAGGCUUCUGUCCUUCCCCUGCACCCUUGUACCAAGCUCCGCUCCCCCUCUCUGGCAGGGAGCCGAGGAAAGUGUUGCUGCACAAGGGCUCCACCGGGCUGGGUUUCAACAUCGUAGGCGGCGAGGACGGCGAGGGCAUCUUUGUCUCCUUCAUCCUGGCCGGGGGGCCGGCCGACCUCAGCGGCGAGCUGAGGAGAGGCGACCGUAUUCUGUCUGUGAAUGGGGUGAACCUAAGGAACGCCACGCACGAGCAAGCGGCAGCAGCCCUAAAAAGAGCCGGACAGACCGUCACCAUCAUUGCUCAGUACAGACCUGAAGAGUACAGCCGCUUUGAGUCGAAGAUCCACGACCUGCGGGAGCAGAUGAUGAACAGCAGCAUGAGCUCAGGAUCCGGUUCCCUGCGCACCAGUGAGAAACGCUCCCUCUAUGUCAGAGCUUUGUUUGACUACGACCGGACGAGGGACAGCUGCCUGCCCAGCCAAGGACUGAGCUUCUCUUACGGCGACAUCCUCCAUGUGAUUAAUGCGUCCGACGACGAGUGGUGGCAGGCCAGACUGGUCACGCCUCACGGGGAGAGCGAGCAGAUCGGGGUUAUUCCCAGCAAGAAAAGAGUGGAGAAGAAGGAGCGAGCCAGGUUAAAAACAGUCAAGUUCCACGCCCGGACAGGCAUGAUUGAGUCCAACAGGCCGGUCAAAGUAAAGCGCAAAAAAAGCUUCAACCUGUCGCGAAAGUUCCCGUUUUACAAGAGCAAGGAGAAUAUUGUGCACGACUUGGUGGAGUCUGAACAAUGCUUGACGUCCAACACGAGCGACAGCGAAAGCAGUUCAAAGGGCCAGGAAGACACAAUCCUCUCCUACGAGCCAGUCAUUCGGCAAGAAAUCCACUACACGAGACCCGUGAUCAUCCUAGGCCCCAUGAAGGACCGCGUCAACGACGACCUCAUCUCCGAGUUCCCUCACAAGUUCGGCUCCUGCGUACCCCACACGACCCGCCCCCGACGGGAGAACGAAAUGGACGGGCAGGACUACCACUUUGUGGGCUCGCGCGAGCAAAUGGAGAAGGAUAUCCAAGAUAACAAGUUCAUCGAGGCGGGGCAGUUCAACGAGAACCUCUACGGGACCAGCAUCCUGUCCGUCAGAACCGUGGCUGAAAGGGGGAAGCACUGCAUUCUGGACGUGUCCGGCAACGCCAUCAAACGACUGCAGCAAGCACAACUUUACCCCAUCGCCAUCUUUAUUAAACCAAAAUCCAUCGAAGCCCUCAUGGAAAUGAACAAGCGGCAGACGUACGAGCAGGCCAACAAAGUCUUCGACAAGGCCGUCAAGCUGGAGCAGGACUUUGGGGAGUUUUUCACAGCGAUCGUUCAGGGCGACUCGCUGGAGGAAAUCUACAACAAAAUUAAGCUGAUCAUCGAGGAGCAGUCGGGUCCCUACAUCUGGAUCCCCUCCCUGGAGAAGCUCUGAGCUGGCAUGGCCUAAAUGCCCUUCCCUCACACACACACAAACACAAACCACACCCCCACCCUCGCCUCUUUUUACAGCUAUGUUUCAUAUAAAGUUUUAGUGUCAUCGUUAUGUUACUCAAAAUGAAAAGAAGUCUUAUCACCAUUGAUUACUGUGACUGUGAACCCCCCCGCAUGAGUUUCUCAACGCCAUCCAUUCUGGACCGGAACGGAGACCCUUCGGGGUAUUUUUUUGUGUUUUUAUUUUUGGGGGGUCAUACUAAAUACAAAAAAUGGGGAAAAGGGAAUCACUCCUUUCUGUCAACGGACUGAAGAGUGAGGAGUCGCAGGGGGAAGAAAGACCAAUCACAGCGAGUUGGAACACUUUGUAAAUGUUCAUCUGACCACAUUGAAAAAGACAACAAAGAUGACACUUUUUUUUUUUGUUUUGUUUUGUUUUUCCACCCCCCAAAAGUGACUGGAUGAACGGAGCCCUACUGACGGUACUGUUGUUGUUUCUAAGGAAUUAUUUAGCAUCUUGACAUUUAUAUUGUGACAUCACAAGGUGAAUAAAAUCCGACAGAGAUUUGACUAUACAUAAAUAUAUAUGAAUAUAUAUAUAUAUAUAUUGAGAGAGAGAGAACGAGCGCGUGAGAAAAAUUUACACUUGACUGGAAUGGUCCAUUUGGAGGGCUUGUUAGGAUCUUGUUUUUUUCUCUGGCUUGUGCUUUUAUUUUGUUUGGUUUUUUUUUGGAGCUGCUUUGUGUCCGGGGGGGACGCGAGGGGGGGUAGAGAUGUGUAAGUGGGCUCUGCAAAACACCAAACUGCCUUACAUCAAAUACUGACUGACCCCCCCUACUCAUACACACAUACACACCACAUGCACUAUUACAACAAUGGAGCCAACCAAUUCGGAUGAACCUUUUGCCCCGCCCCCCCAAUAACUGCAGAUCCCCCCUCUUACAUUCUCUGCCUUCCAAAUUUUUUCUUAUGUUUGUUGGUUGUUCUGGUUAACUGGUCACACGGUACUGUCUGACCCGCUGCCACAGUGGCGGAAUUCUAACGGGUAGAACAAGACAAUUGUAUUGGAUGUCAUGCCCAGGAAAAAAAAAAAAGUUCUUAUGGAUUGUUCAAAAAAAAAAAACCCAAAAAAACAAGAACACUAAAGUUGAGCCUAAUUAAAGCUUUGUGUUAUCUAUAUGAAUUAUUCAUCACGUGCUUUAACCACUGUGUACGCGAAUGGUGGGGGUGGGGCCACAAAAGAGCUGUUUGGGGGUUCGGGCUGAGCUCAGGAAUCUCAAAAGGUACGACCCCCCUUCAACGCAGCACGCAACUGUGAAACGGGAUUUUUAAUUUUUUUCCAGCAACCCCCCUCCUUCCCUCCCAAAACAGGAAGUGCCAACUCGGAAGUCUCUGGGUCCCCCUGCCCCAAAGCAAUUUUUCCCGCCCUCUUUCUAAAGCGCUCCGCCGAGUUCAGGGAAUAACUGAAUGGAACACAGCCAUUUGUAAACUGUUUGCAGACUGUUUCAAAGGGUGUGCGAGCUGUCAAAUGUAAAUAAGCCCCGCCCCGCUCUCACAUAUUCCUCGACUAGAUAAACCACCCCCCGACCCACCCACACAUACGGACACACCUGUGCUUCAUGCAUGUGCGAUUCAAACUGGGACAAAAUUAUGUUUUGUAGACCACAAAUGUCAGGUAAGUCAAGUUAAAAACGAUUAUUUCCACACGGAUGCCUACGGAACACUUAAGUUGUUGGUUGCCAUUGAUGACGACAGGCGUCCAAUCUGUUUGGGCUGGGAGGACUGGCAGUGAAUGAUCCACCCUCCCCUUACUGACUUUCAACCCUGACUUGGAACUGCCCCAAAAUCAAAAGGUGACCUAAAAUACCCAAAGAUCAACAGGAAGUUACACGGAAAUACCUCAAAAUCGGAUGGCCUAAACCAGUGGUUCUUAACCUUGCUAAAGGUACCGAACCUCACAAGUUUCACAUGUGCAUCUACCGAACCCUUCAGAAUUACUGUAUUGGCCCGAAUAUAAGACGUGUUUUUUUGCAUUGAAAUAAGACUGAGAAAGUGGGAGUCGUCUAAUAUUUGGGGUCUAGACAUUAAACCCAUUCACGAUGCUAGAUGGCGCCAGAUAUCAUUGAAGCGAUGUUCUGUCAUGACAGAUUUCAGCUACUCUGAAGUUUAACCAGUUUGCAUUAUUCUAUAGCAAUGUUUUUCCUUAUUCAGAUGUGUUUCAAGACUACAGUUACAUUUAGACCUCACUUUGAUGGUUAAUGCAGUUACUGCAAAUUUGUUUUAUCACAAUAGAUUUGUUUUACAUUUCCAAAACCAGUAGCCAUUCAUUUAUGAAUGUGAUUGCACUUUGGUUUACAUAUUUAAAUGUUCAGAUAUUAAGAUUUGAAUGAGGCAAAAUAACAUGCUUUUUCUCUCAAAUCAUUUGUUUCAGAUGUACUGUAAUUAUUUUCUGUAUAAAAAUUAAUUUGGUAUUCAAAAAUCCUUUUUUCAAACUUGAGUCUUGAAAAAGAGGGGGUCGUCUUAUAUUCAAGCCAAUACGGUAAAUAUGCUUUUUUUCCCCCAAAUUCAAAACCGAUAUAUCUAAGCUAGCAAGCAAAUUUUGGUGAAAUUUACUGAGCUUUAAAAUUUAAGAAUAAAUUAGGUGUUUUGCAGUUCAUUUUCACGUUGGGAAAUAAAUGUCAUGUCUACAAUCUUUUAUUUAUUUUGUACUUUUAUCCUGUCCUGUUCAGCUGCUUGAACACAAAGAAUAGGAAUCUGAAGCCCCUUUCACAAACACAUCACGGUAAAUUCCCAUGUAAGGCGACACGGGAUUUACUCAUGUCAUUGCUUUCACACAUGUAGAGAUAUUCCGGGAAUGACACGGCUUAGACACUUUCACAGACUUGUUCCGUGUUGCCCACUGGCGCGCUCUGUGCAGGGAGGGCCGCUGGUGCGAUUUUAUAACCUAGACAGUACAUCAUUUUUGGUCUGCAUAGGCUGUCACAAUGUUAGUCAAAUGGUGUUUUGUUACCGAGCCGGUUGUGGGAGCGUUCCCGACGUUGCACCUGCAGCCAAUUCAAGCUCCUCAAGACUGUAUUUAAGCCCAGGUGAGAAGGGUGCCGAGAUAUUAACUUGCUGGUCGCCAUUCGGCACCUUGUAUGCUCGAAUCUCGUGCAAAUGCUAGCUUGUUCGUUUGCCACCCUUGUUUUGAAAUCCCCGUGGUACCUCUACAUACAAAGUUAAUUCGUUUUAGGACCUCGUUUGUUAGUCGAAAUGGUCAUAUGUCGAGCAGGAUUUUCCCAUAGGAAUACAUUAUAAUUCCAAUAAUUCGUUCCACAGCCCAAAAACCUACACUAAAUCCUUAAUACAGCUGGUACUAUUACAAAUGGCUAUUAAACAUAGCAAAACAAAUAAGUUAUGAAUAAAAAUCGGAAUAAUAUAAGAAGAAUAAUAAUGAAUGAUUCCUGUAAAUAAUGUAACGAAUCAGAUUCUAAUGUGGCGGACACUUUUUGCUGUACCUGAACGCACAGUGAGAUAGGUCAGUGCGGUAGAGAUGAUACUUACGUUUUCUUGAGAGCACAGUCAACUGCAGAGGACAAUGGGCAGUUUGUGUUGGAUAAGUUCUUGAAUAAAUGAUAAAAACGUGACGAAACUGGCGAUUUCCUUGGCGAUGUUACCACAGUAGUAGAUGUCAACUUAAAAUGACUAGCGAACGGUGGUCGGAAGAGGACCGUGGAGCUGUAUUAUUGAGCCAGUUCACAGAUGCGCACCCCACGCUCAUAUUUUUCUUUAAUUUGCAUCUUCAUUUCAAAGGUAAGCAUCACUUUUUUUCCUUGUUUCACCAACUGUACAAACAUUUUUUUAAACCUGUGUUGAUUUCGCACACAAGAAUAUCCGCUGUACAUUCCUUUGCGGUGCUUUCAUGUAUUUCGAGCAUGUCGUCGGAUCUAACAAAUGGAGAGUCACAUUUUAUGUCGGAUGCUGAAAAGAUCGUGUGUUGAAGCGAUCGUAUGUCGAGGUACCACUGUAUUUGUUUUGUCUUAUCGGCCCUCAGCCUACCGCCUAGGUUAAAAAAAAGUGACGACCGGCCCGCCAUGAUAUUUAUGUCAUCAGCCGUUGUAACGCUUGCUUUCAUAUACACCUUGGCCCUGGGAAAGUCCCGGACAUUAUACUAAGACGCGACCCGUUAAAUGUCCGCUUGAUCUCCGUGUCAGUCAACCUGGGAAAUUGCUUUCAUAUACAAGCUCUGCCCGUUUAGGGGUUUAAACAGUGUUUUAAGUGUAUGUGAAUGGGGCUUAUGGUCUGAACAGCUUUAAUGUAUCACAUGGGAGUUUGAUAUUUUCCCAUUGUGGUUGUUCAUCAUGUCUACAUUCUCAUUUUAUGGUCACAUUAUUUUCAUGGCCUAAAACGUGACGCAAAUGUUUUUAUUUGUAUUAUCUACGCAGUGCACGCUGCCUGUAUGUCUGCUAUACUUCCUUAUCAUGAGUAAACCUUCCACUGAGCAAACCAGUUUCUAACCCAUUUAGUGCUGCAACGAUUAAUCGUUUAACUCGAGUAUUCGAUUCGAAAAAAAAUAUUCGAAUGAAAUUUUGCUGCCUCGAGUAUUUGUUUAAAGUGGUAUUGUAAUGGUUUGUUUUGAAAGUGUUUGCCUUUAGUUUUAUUGAUUUGGGUGAAGCUGUAGUCUGCCUCAUUUCACAUGGCUGAAUCCAGCUGCUCCCUGUUAAGACUAACAUAAGCUAAAUUUUUGUUUAAGCUAAUGUUUUUUGAUACAUUCGUAAUUUAGUUUAAAGGAAUAUGUGUUGGAACUAUUUGUUAAGAUUAUUGUUGAAAAAUUGGCAUUUUAUAGCAUUUAAACUAGUGGACUUUUGCUAUGUAAGUUAGCCAAUUGUUCUUUUGUUGUACAUAAACAUACACAUUUAUUUUUUUUUUUAUACCGUUUGACGCUCAGGUCAGUUAUUUUAAUUUUUUAUGUUCCUUAUCUGAUUACUGGAUGAUUCGAACUAACUAGUUCGAUUCAUCUACUACUAAAAUAAUCGAUAGCUGCAGGCCUAAACUCAUUAGAUUUGCGGGCUAGGACUUUAAAGAAAUUGAAAAAAGCCUGUAAAUUGGAGGCAACCCAGUCCAAAACAGUCUAAAACGACACAUUGUCUUUAGUCAGAGUAUGAAAAUUGGGCCCCGUGUGACUUAACCUUCACCGAACCCCUGGGGUUCAAUCAAACCCAGGUUAAGAACCACUGGCCUAAACCAGACCUCGGAUUGCCCCAAAAUCAACAAAAUGACCUGGACAUGCCCCACAAUUAAUAGGAUGUAUUCCAAAAUAAACCAGAAGUGACCUAAAUGCCCCAAGAUCAACAGGAAGUGACUAAAUUAACAAGGAAUUUUUUUAGAAUUGUCCCAAAAUCAACAGGAAGUGACCAGGAUAUGCCCCUAAAUCAACAGUGCGUGAUCUUUACAUUCCAUUAAAUUCAUCGACACGUUGUGAUCAUUCAACACCAGCUCUCCCACUCCAAAAUGGAUUUGCCGACAAUCGCCGUCAAGGGGCGGCCAUUGAAAGGAGGGGCGCCCUCUACGUGUCAAUACUUGUGUGACUGUAUAGAAUAAAUAUACAGUAUAUAUCCAUAUAAAUAUCCAUACAAGAAAUUUGCUCCGGUUGAAACCGGUUUGGGAUUCACCCCCAACUUUUUGUGACGUCGUUGGAGCGGAACUCCGAGCUGACUGUUAGCGAAAAAGCACGCGCCGUACUUGAGACAUCAGACAGCCACAUCCGAGCCCAAAGACUUCACUCUCUGCUCUUUCCAUUUUUUUGAGGCUGUGAUGUUAAAAAAAAUAAUACAGAAGUUGGAUAUGUGUGCGUGGUGACAUUCUAGUUCCUUUUUUGGGUUUGUUGGGAGGGGGGAGAGGGUUGUUCAUCAUGGCACACCUGUGCAGUAAGUGCUUGCAAACACCAACCCUUUCGAUUGUACAGUCCAGUGGUGUCCUUCCUGGUUCUGGUCGGGACGUCUUCCCUGCCCUCAUCACCAAGGGAACGCCGUAAUGCUAUAUAUGGAAAUAGAGAACAUUUUCUUUUCCUUUGGGCUUUUAUUAUUUUGGGGGGGCUUGACGAGUUUAUUUGUUUGGAAAUAAAAUAUGUGACUCAGUUA